AGACUGAUCGUCGGCGGGCACGAGUCCAAACCACACAGCCGACCCUACCAGGUGGCCAUCUAUAAUAGGAAAGAUGCUACGGGCCAGUAUUGCGGUGGUACUCUUGUCCACAAGCAAUGGGUUGUUUCAGCCGCCCACUGCGGUAUGGGCCACCAUGGCUUCGCAGGUUUGGGACUCCACGAUAAGACCAACCACAGUGAGGCCGGCCAGCAGAUAAUUAAGGGCACAUGGCAUCUCCAUCCCGACUACAAUGGCGGCACUCUUGAUAACGACAUCUCCUUGCUCCACCUGGGUAGAGACGCCCACAUCGGCAACGGUAAGAUCGAAGCCAUUCGAAUUGCCAAGACACGGCCUCAUAAAGGGAGGAAACUGCUCGUGAGUGGAUGGGGAGCAACA